AUGUCUUCAUAUUUUGAUUAUUAUUGUAAAAGAAAAAGUGACACAAUUGCAGGGACCUGUUAUUCUAUGUGUCCUGAAGAAGAAAUAAAGCUGCGGGAGACUUCAAAACUAAUACAUGUACUAGAAGUGGUGGGCUCUAAGAGGCAGUUAGUGAAGAGCUAUUGUCGUUCAGCGGCUGAUUUACACAUAGCAGUGCCAAAACUAUUGAGACCAUACUCUGUCCUUACACAUACGGUGGAAUAUUUACUGGUCAAGGUGACUCAAAGAGAUGAUGUACCCCAGCCUGUAGUGUAUGACUUUGUGAAUGACCGUCUGAGAGCUGUAAGACAAGACAUGACCAUACAGAGGCUACCUUAUGAUGAAUGUGUCAAUUUACUGGAACCCAUGGUGCGGUUCUAUGUUUAUUAUGGUUACCUGUUAAAUGACCUUCUUUUAAAAGACUUUGAUCCUCAUCUCAACAAGAAAUAUUUACUAGAGUGUACAAAAUGGUUCCUUAGCUGCUGUGAUAGUAUCACAGAGAGACCAGAUAGCGAACUCAUAGAUCGGCUCUCACGGUUUCUACAUGUCAGCAAUAACAAUGAUAGGAGGCUAGUGUGUGACAAAGUUUUGAUUGAAUGUCUGUAUAUACUGUGUAAUCUGGAUAAUAUACACCCACUCUACAGAUAUAUUAAGUUAUCAAAGGAAAUGAAGAGUAAUUCAAAACUACAGCUCGCGUAUAAAAUUGCAAUAUCAAACAUGGAGGGUAAUUAUAUAAAAGUAUUCCGACUGCUUGAUCAGCUGUGCCCCUUGACAUACUGUGCUGUGUUCGCUUACUUACCAACUUUACAAAGACGCUGUCUCCAAGUGUUAAGUCACGGAUAUCACAACAAACGGCUGACAGUACCGAGUGACGUCAUCGCGCGAUGGCUUCGGUUCCCGGACCGGCAGGAAGCAAAAACUACCUGCCAAUAUUACGGGUUGACAGUCGACGGGGAUGCUGUGCGGUUUGACAAGACACAGUUUAAGAUGAACGAUAGACUGCACCAAGUAAAGACUGAAGACCUAAUUACGAAGUUCAAUAUAAACAAUCCGUCAGACAUCUAUACAUAUACUUAA